AUGGAAAGCUCUACCUUGCUUGGGGCUUUCACAUUUGUUAGUGCAUUUUUUGGUUUUUUCACUAACUGGUCUGUUGUAUUCUUCUUUUAUGAUGUUCCAUCUCUUCGAAGCUCUUUUGGCGUACUCUCAGCCCAUGGAUCGUUUUCAACUGCAGUUUAUUGCACUUUCGCCUUGAUUUGUGUGUCACCAACCAUGAUGUUGGAAAACCAAUUCCUCACAAAGUAUUCAUAUGUAUCAGGAUAUUUUCUUUAUUUAUUUUAUGAUCUAGCAACGGAAACUCAUUUAUUGAUAUGUUUAAAUCGAUUCUUUGCUCUAUGGUUUCCUCACAAAUAUUCAAAACUAUUCAAUAUUAAGCAUACUUUAAUUUUCAUAGUAAUUUCUGUUAAUUCUUACCGAUAAUUGCCAGAGACUCACAUUUUUGGCUGAUUUCGGACUGCAUAUGACUGUUGUUGUUAUCAUAAUUGUAUUUAACUCUCUUACAUUUUAUCAGUUUCAUAGGAAAACAAAGCCGUUACGAGCACAUUAAAUACAAUGUCAUCGCAACGGAAAGCAAAAGCUGAGAGGAACUUCUUACAACAAUGUUUCUAUCAAGAAAGUGCGUAUGCUUUUGCGCUGUUGACAUACUUUCUUCUGCCAGGAGUCAUUGAGAGUGAUUUGAUGCGUUUUUUGAUUUUAUUGCUUCCGUGGUAUUUUUUGCAUGCCUUCGAAGGAAUGGUGACGAUAAUGUGCAAUCCCGAUCUCAAAAAGAUUUGUUUCAAAAAAUGGAAACUGUGCGCCAGUAAACCCGACCAACCUAGAAAUGCACCAGUGAGAUCAGGAGAAGCAUGGAGGUCAUCAACUUUUCACGUUUUUAAAUUCUAGCUUUCAGGUGGCUUUCCUAGUUUGUUCUGUUUCCCAUGAUUGGUGA